CAGGCAAAGAGAAUUCUCCUGUUUCAGUCGUUGUUCAACACGGUUUCAGGCGUUUUCAGCGCCCGUUUGCUCACUGAGAGUGUCGUCACGCCCACUAUUUCGCACAGCUCGCCGGGAUAUCAAAACAAAACAAAACAAAACGUUGGUUCGGCGGGGUGAUCUUCGCAGGAUUAGAGGUAAAGGAUUAUUUUCUCUAAAACAGACGAACAAAUUAUGUUGACAAACUCGUCUCAGCACAAACAAUACGAGCACUUCCUUUGAAGAAGAAGAAGACAAAAGUAAAAUAAAUAGGGCCCGAGUGGUCUCCAAGACACGGAUAUUCAGCACUUAAGAUGAGAGACACUUCUCACUGCUAAAUAAAGUGAUGCAUAAUUCAGUAAUGCUGCCGUCCUCCACAUUUAUUUAUAAUGGGACAAAAAUAAUCAACUGAGUUUAUUGAAGACAGUACGGAUGAACGCAGGACUGGACUUGCCGAUCAGAUCGGCAUUCAUCGGUGCCUCGGCGAUCUUGGGAAAGGUCUUUUUCUUCCUUAUGUUGCACUUGGUUACAGGAUCAGGUGGUUUACGUUUAACCCAUAUGGACGCUCCUGACGUAGUUGAUCCCCGAGAUGGACUUCAACUAGACUGUCAUUUUGAUAUGGGUAGUGAAGAGCUCUACGCUGUUAAAUGGUACAAGGACGACCAAGAAUUUUUCAGGUACAUGCCCCGACAAAAUCCACACACGCUAAUGUUUCCCGUGUCAGGUGUCAGUGUAGUUCCCCAUGAAAGUGAUUGUGAUAUAACUCGAUGUAAAGUGAGAUUACACAAACUGUCAAGCCGGUACAGCAGCGGGGCUUACAGGUGCGAAAUUUCCAGCGAAGCACCGGCUUUUAGGCUGGCUGCCGAAACCCACAACAUCACCGUGGCAGCGUUACCAAGAGAAAAACCAAAAAUAGACGGUCUAGCUUCUGUUUAUGCUGAAGGUGACAUUUUGACCGCCGAAUGUACCUCAGAUUUUGCAUAUCCAAUUCCUGUGUUAAGAUGGUACGUCAACGGAGAACCGGCUAUUCCAGUAGCAAGACCAACGAUUAUCGAAAAAGAAGUGGACGUCCUAGUAGCACAAACGAUUCUUUUACGGUUAGUUGUAGGUGGAAAUUUAAUUAAAGGAACCAGCAUUCAGAUAGGAUGCGAGGCUACUGUUCCAAAUGUCAGUUUUGGACCUCAACUAACGACUGUAAAUGUGCCACUAAAAACUACCAAUGCUGAUGGGAUGGCUAGUAAUGAAAAAUUACAACUUUGGUACAGUGCUUUUAAUGCCUCAUCAUCACUGCUAAUUUCGUCAUAUCAUGUAGCAUUGUCAAUUCUCCUUUACAUAUUCGUAAGAUGGAUUUUUAAUAAUUAAGAAACUAUUUUAUAUAUACCCAAAAGCACAUCAGUUUCAAAAAUAAUAUUGGUUAAAUUUAAAAAAAAAUGUUUUAAUAUUGAUCUGUGUAUUAUAUUAAUUAAAAAAAUACGUAAGUACCUAUAUAGUAUAACUAUUCAGAAUGAAAAAAGCUAAAUGUUAAGUAAUAUCACACUUUCUUGGCUUGAAAAUAAGAGGAGACGCAGACGUAGAAAAAAUAACCGAUACCUAAUUUUUGCAGAUUUCUGUUCAAAAAGGUUUCCUUUAAACAAAUCCGGAAGUUACCGCGAAAUAUUUAUAAGCAGAAAUUAUUUGAAGACAUUUUUUAAACAUUUUCCCAUUUAAAUAUACUUGAUUUUUUAAACAAUUUCAAAAAAUUACCUCUUUUUGCUCCGGAUAAUUUAUUUACAUUUUUUAGAUCAUUUUAAAUAAAGAAAGGUCUCUUUUCAUUUUUCUCAAAAGUUUUAUUCUCUAUAUCAUUGGCAGAUUGGCAAUACAUAAUUGAAUAAAUAAAAAAAUAUUACAAAAAAAACUAAUGUUAACAAUAUAUUUUAUGGGCCAUUCCAAGAACAUACGCCUGUUUUGGAUUACUUCGACAACGAAUAUUUUACUGUACAACAUAAGAAGUACGAAAGUAAAUGGCGCUAAUAAUUAUUCCAAUAAACAACAAUGUAAUUUGCAAUUUACUUUCGUUCUUCUUAUUUUGCACAGUAAAAUAUUCGUUGUCGAAGUAAUCCAAAACAGGCGUACGUUCGUGGAAUAGGGUAUACUCACAAUCGGUUAGUAAUUUCUGGAUUUCUAACCUUUGAAGUAAUCAGGAAGCGACUUAUUACUUACUUUACUUUCCCAGCUAGCCGGGAAAGUACUUUCCCGGCUAGCAUCUGUCACUUUUCUACCUGCAAAUGUCAAUGUCAUUUUUGAUUAAAAGAUGGUUUAGAAAGAAUAGAAUCCACUCAACAUUUAUUUAAUUAAGAAACAACAACAACAAUAACAAAAAGAAAACUAUUGGGAAUUAUAAAUAUUAAUAGUUACAUUGGAAUUAUGAUUACUAUUAACGGUUAAAGUAAAACCGUGUUGCUCAAAAUUAUGAGUUUCAGAAAUAGAUGAUGACGCCGACGUUUCUGGAUUUUCUACAUGAUACAAGAUAUUAGCAAUUUUUAUUUGUCCAUGUAAUGAAUUCUCCACAUAUCCCUCUGCUACGGUGUUGGAUUUUCAACCCCCCAACUUUUUCAACUGUAGGAUGUCUCCAUCUGUAUUUGCUAAUAAUGUUGCUGAAGUACGUCUAAAACAAUGUCCUGUAAACCUGUUAACAUUUUCCAACUUUAAAUAAGUUGCUAUUUUUUUGGGAAAACUUCCUAUAGCUUUAUGCCCAAAAGGCUGUCGUGUAAUUUUACCAAAUCUUAUUUGUAAAAAAAAUCUAUCAGAGUCAAUGUUUUUACGAAGGUCACAAUAUUGCUUUAUUAUUUUUAUCCAUUCCGAUUUUGUAAUUACAAAUGUACGGGAAGAGUAGGUUUUUGUGACAGGAAUCACUAUUAUAAUUCGAUUUUCUAAAAUAUCCAGGUCACUUAUUUUCAUUUUUAAAAGUUCAUCGCACCUACAGGCUCCGGAAAUGCCAAUAAUUAAAGCAACCUAAAAAAAUUUAAUAUAACAUAUAUUUAAUAUGCACUAAAUAAAUUAAAAUUACCUUUUGAGGAAGAUAUUCUAUCGGGGCAUUGUUUAAAAAUGUAUCGAUGUCUGCUUCAGAAAAAACACUUGACUUUUUAGCUUGAUAUCCCACAUUCUGCCUUUUCAAAAAUGCCCGCAAUUUUGCGUAUUUACUAAUAUCAACAUUAUGCCUAAAGUUUAAUACUGCUCGCAGCAUCGAAUAUCUUGACCAUAAUGUGCAGGCUUUACUUUGUUUGCUCAUUUCACAAAAAUAAGCAAGAAGUACCGUCUCAGAGGUAUGCUGCACACCUUUAGCUACGCACCAUUUACUGUAUAGUUCAUAGGUGUUUUCAUACCUCUCCCUGCUUUUUUCAGGAAUUAUUCCUUUACUAACUCUCUCUGCAGCUACCCGCAGUUCUGGUGGCGUACAUUCAAAUUCACUCUCAGACAUUUUUGUAAAAUAAACACAAUUUGAUUAUAUGUACAAUUAAUGGCGUCGUGUAUCGCAUAAAUGUCAGAUUCAACAAACUUGUUUUGUUACCUAGCAACGAUCUCACAGGUUACUUAAAAUAAUUCAUCUUAUCACAUAAUGAAAAUGGAUACAGAUAUUUGAAACGAAAUUAUUAUUGGUAGAUUGUGAGUAUUAGAAAUCCAUAAACUACUAACCGAUUGUGAGUAAAAUAGUAUACAAACCUCGCGGGAACUCAUUCUAGCCUCGCGUCUGUAGUUUACCUCGGUGCUUCGCACCUCGGUAAACUACCUUGCCGCUCGGCUGAAAUCCCGCUAGGUAUGUAAUAUACUAUUACUAAAAAUGUCAACUUUUUGUUGGGAAUUCUUUACAUAACCACACAUAAUAGUGCGAGAGAGACGCACCGAAGGGGGCGCAGCGCCACCACGCGGCAUCUUAAAAGUCGAGUAGAUGCGCAUAAAUAACUUAUCAUAAUAACCUCAAAAAUAUUAAUUUGCAGAUGAGUUUUCAAGCCUCAAAAAUGCGUGUUUUCCAGAUUUGAAAUCGCUUAUAACUCGAAAACUACCAACUUUUGAGAAAAAUGACAAGAGCCGUUUUAUGUUUAAAAUGAUCCAAAAAACCUAAAAGUUUUUCCGACGCAAAAAGACAAUCUUUUGAAUUUUCUUAAAAAAAUUGUUUAAACAAUUUCUACCCAAAAAUUUCGCCCUGGCCCUUCUGAUUUGUUUAAAAACGGAAGACAUAUUUGAACAGGAAUCCGCAAAAAAACUGAAUCAGAAAUGUUUUCAUAUGGGAGCGACCUCACAACAUGAACUGAAUGUAAUUUAUUAGAUAUCCUUAAAAGGAAACAGUAGCGAACAACAAGUAGCGAAAACGCGUUCCAAGAUUGCGGCGCGGCUGUAUAUUUUGAAUAUUUUUUCGAGAUAUUUGGUACACGUAUUCGUAAUAUAAUAAAGAAUGGCGGUACAGAGCCCAAUUUGAAAAAUAUAUUAAUAUGUGGAAAUUACUCUGUAAUUAAAUACAAUAUUAAAAAAGCGAGCCUGUACCGUCAUUAAGAAGAACAAAAAAAUACACUUUUUGUCCGUUCUUUAACGGUAAAAUAUUGCAAAACCUAUAAAUUUUAAAGAACCGCUUGGAUUGACAUGCAAUUUAGCAUACACAUAGCUAGCAAGUCAAAGAAAAAAAGUGAUAUUGUGCCUAUAUGUGCUUUUGCCCUGGGGGUGGUUUUCACCCCCUAUUGGGGGUGAAAAAAUAUUCGUCCAAAGUAAGUCAGGAAAUGGAUAAACCGGCUAAUUUUAAGUACCUUUUGUUCUAUAGAGUUUUUUCACCAAGCCAAUACUGUUCGAGUUAUUUGGCAGUGAAUAUGUUCAUUUUUUCAACAAAAUAACCACGCUUUUAGACGGUUUUCCGCAAAUAACUCAAAUAGUAAGUAUUUUGUCGAAACACCAUUCCUAACAAAAAUAUAGCCUGUAAAAAAUUUUAAAAAAUGGUGUAUAUAUCACGUCUCUACACCUAGUAGAAGCAGAGUUAUAGCUAAUGAAAAAUAGGUUCAUAUUCGUCAAAUUUCAAAUGGAAUUUCGGGAAAAACUCAUUACAACUUAUUUAAAGUGUUUAAAAAAAGAAUCAUUUUUGUUUUAUAAAAUAAAUUUCUAGCAUCAAAAGUAAACAAGUUACGCUCAAAAUAAAGUUAGUCACUUUUGGUUUUGGUAAAAAAAUCGAGAAAAUCACCCCCUAAUUAGUAUCUUAAAUGAACUUAAUCGUUACGACUUCACAAGUUUCUUGACUCGUGUAUGUAUUGUUUAUAUGAUCUGUAAGUUUCAUCGGUUCAAAGCACUUAUUAUUGAAAGGACUGUUAAAAGGGGUUGAACGAGUCACUGAUUAAAAGCAUAUUUUUCAAAAUUAAAAUUUUUAAAAAUUUUAUUUUAAAACCAAAUUUUUUCAAUAAUUAGCACUUUGAAUCAAUGAAACUUACAGAUCAUAUAAAAACAACAUAAGUAAAAUAAUUUGUGGAGCGGUAACGAUUAAUUUUAUUUAAGUUUCUAAUUAGGGGGUGGUCUUCCCGAUUUUUUUGUCAAAAACAAAAGGGACCAACUUUAUUUUGAGCGUAACUUGCUUAAAUUUAAUGCUAGAAACUUUUUGUAGAAACAGAAAUAAACUUUUUUUAAACACCUUAAAACAGUUAUAAUGGGUUUUCCCAAAAAAGUGCUUAAUUUUUUGGAUAUUUUACGUCGAAAUAUUCUAUUUGAAAUUUGGUGAAUAUGAAUCUAUUUUUAAUUGGCUAUAACUCUGGUUCUACGAGAUCCAGAGAACUAACGCGUACACCAUUUUUUUACUUUUUUAUAGGCUAUAUUUUUACUAAGAACGUUUUUUUCGACAAAAUACUUACUUUUUGAGUUAUUUGCGAAAAACCGUCUAAAAAUGUGGUUAUUUUGUUGAAAAAUGAACAUAUUCACUCGCAAAUAACUCGAAAAGUGUUGACUUGGCGAAAAAGCUCUAUAGAACAAAAGUUACUUAAAAUUAGUCAGUUUACCCAUUUCUGGACUUAUUUUGGACAUAUAUUUUGUCACCGUCAAGAGGGGGUGAAAGUCACCCCCAGGGCAAAUGCACACAUCGGCACAAUAUCACUUUUUUUCUUUGACAUGUAAGCUAUAUGUAUGCCAAAUUUCAUCUCAAUCCAAGCGGUUCUUUAAAAUUUAGAGCAAAAACCGUGAAAGAAUGUACUAUUUCUUCAAAUAAACUUUUUUAUCCGAUGCCUAGAUUUUGUGUCAUUUUGGAACUACUAAUGAAAUAAAACAUUUUAGUAGUUCCAAAAUGACACAAAAUCUAGGCAUCGGAUAAAAAAGUAUAUUUGAAGAAAGUGUAUUUUUUUGUUCUUCUUAUUGGCGGUAGAGGCUCGUUUUUUGAAUAUUAUAUUUAAUUACAGAGUAAUUUCCACAUAUUAAUAUAUUUUUCAAAUUGGGCUCUGUACAGCCAUUCUUUAUUAUAUUACGAAUACGUGUGCCAAAUAUCUCGAAAAAAUAUUCAAAAUUACAGCUGCAAUCUUGGAACGCGUUUUUGCUACCUGUUGAUCGCUACUGUUUCCUCUUAAAAGCAUACAGUAGCGAUCAACAGGUAGCAACAAACGCGGUCCAAGAUUGCGGCUGUAAUUUUGAAUAUUUUGUCGAAAUAUUUGGUACACAUAUUCGUAAUAUAAUAAAGAGUGGCGGUUCAUACCCCAAUUUGAGAAAUAUGUUAGUAUGUGGAAAUUACUCUAUAACUAAAUAAAAUAUUGCAAAAAGGAGCCUGUACAGUUAUUAAGAAGAACAAAAAAUAAACUUUUUUCAAAUAAACUCUUUUAUCCCAUGCCUAGAUUUUGUGUCACAUGAACGUGACUGACUCGGUAACAUUUCGCGAUUAUGAGUAUAAAAAUUAUUGUUUUUGAUUAGUGUCGAAUUACCGACGCACUGUUGCUUCACUGUUGAAAGUUCGCACAACUUUCGAAAAACAGAAAUAUUGAUGACGCGUUACUGUUUACUCUUAAUAGUAGUAUGGGAGGCAACGAUGCUAAAUUUGCAGUUACUAAUAAAGCGUUAUGGGGACCUAAUGGGUUGUGAAGAUUAUGCCCUAAAACCAAAAGAAGUUAAGUUUUCCAUUUUAGUGGGACUUCCCAUUUUUUAAUUUAAUUUUCCAUUUCCAGCAGCCGUUUUUUCCGAUUCUAGCGCCAUCUAUCCAUAAUGCGAAAAAUUGUCUCGAAUAAAAGUUACUUAUUUUUACGUAAAGAAUCCAAAUCUGCAAUAAAAAAUGGGGGCUCAUAUUUAAGAUUUUAAAGUAACCCCCAUGGGGUGUCAUGUUUGGUGUCAUUCGAUAGAUUUUUCAAAAAUAUUGAAUACCUGUAUUUUUCAGUUUUUCGAUCUGAUGUUCAUUUCGCGAAAUAUUGCGGGAUUCCUAUUUAAAAUUUACCCCCCCCCCCUCACACCACCCCUUGGAGAGUCGUGUUUGGUAUCAUCUGAUAGAUUUUUGAAAAAUAUUGAACACGUAUUCGUUAGUUUUUCAAUCUGACGUUAAUUUCGCGAAAUAGUCGCGUUUUUUUUUGUGAAACUUUGUGACUCUUCCUUACACCCCGCUCAAAUCGUCAGAUUUUUGAAAUAUACACUGUUCUGCAUGUACUUAAUUUACAUUAUCCUAAUCUGACUAUUUAGAGUUUUUCUAAGGAUACAUUUUUUUCGGACCCCCCUUAACGAAUUCACCUGUAUUAACAGAUAAUAUAUGGCAGAGGCACAUUUACAGGUUACUCCCGAUGUGAUUUUCUGACGCGCUCGAGUAACUGCAAAAAUCCCUGCUUGGGCUCCCCUACCAUAAUAAAAACUUGACAAAUAUGACUGGAUAAUUACUUAACGAUAAAAAAUAUGGAGAUUUUUAAUUGCCAAUUGUUACUAAUGUGCUAUUUGGAAGUACCUCUUAAAAUCUUCAAAGUUAAUGGUGUGAUAGACAUACUAAAUUUUAUGAAACAUAUUCAAGAAAAAUUUUAUGUAAACCAGAAAAUAGCAUAUUUAUAUACUUAAAUAUACAGGCUGUUAGUAAAUGAGUUCAGGGAGUCAUUCUGUACAAAGAAUAAUGACAGUUUGUUAUAGAAAUGUAUGUCCGCAAAUGCUUCGCUUUUGAGAUAUAGUGUUUUAAAUUUUUUCUUACAAAUUGACGAUUAAUUUAUUGUUCUGGAAACAGAAGGUUGCCAAUGCAACGUGUUUUCCUCGUACAACCUUAUGGAGCAGAGACUUUAACACUGACGCAAAAAUUCGCAAAUAAACUCAGAGUUACACGAGCCAUGGAACAUACAAUGCUGGAUGUGAGCCUUCGAGACCACAUAACAAACAAAAAAAUCAGACAAAGAUCAGGAGUUCAAGACGUCAUCAAAGGAAUCACGACGCUUAAGUGGAACUAGGCAGAGAACUUAGAACACAAGAUGGAUGGUGGACAAAACGAAUCAUGGAAUGGAGGCCCAGAAACUAUAAAAUAACCCGAGGACGAUCACCGAUUAUAUGGGCCGACGACGUAAAAGAGUAGAGGGAAACUGGCUACCAUAAAUCUAUUUAGAGAAUACUGGAAAGAACUGAAGUAGGUAUGUGUCCAGCAGUGGACGCGAUUCGCCUAUUGAUGUUGAUGAUGUCAAGAAAUACGCAAUAAUCCCUCUUAAAGCCCAUCAAAUUUCAUUUGCAUUGUAUUAACAGGCUUCAGAGCAAUAAAUAAAUCGUCAGUUUUAAGAAAAAUUUUAACACUCCUUAUCUCGGAAAGUGGAAAGUACUUGCGGUUAUACGUUUAUACAGUAAACUGUCAUUUUUCACGCAGAAGUACCCCCUGAAGUUUGUCGCACGUAUUUACUAACAUCCUGUAUACCAUAUGCAUGAUAACUAUGUAGGUAUGCAUGCACAUUUGUACACACACAAUCAAAUCUAUUGUAAAUCACUGUUUUAACUAUUUGGUUUCUACGUGUAGUAAAAUUUUUAAGAUUG